CGGAAAUGUUCGAACAUUUCAAAUUUUUGGGCAUUCCCUAAAAUAAUACUAAUGAAAAAUUUGAUGGACAAAAAUGAGAUUAAAGUUAUUAUAGUUAGGAGUCGAAGGAAGGGGAAAAGGAAAAGGAAAGGAGUCGAAGGGAAAAGGAAAGAAGCCGAGCUUGAUGAUGAAGGUGAGAGAAUAUAACAGACGAAGGUGAGAAUGAAUUUGGGUUGCUCUGCGUUUGAAUUUCUAUCUUAGUCUUGUUGAAGGUGAGAGAAUAUAACAGACGAAGGUGAGAAUGAAUUUGGGUUGCUCUGCGUUUGAAUUUCUAUCUUAGUCUUGUCAAACUUCUUGGAGCCGACGGCCGGAUUGAAAACAAAUUGAGGUUGCUGAAGUUGGUACUCCUUUACACUUCUUCCAGUUUAUGCAGUUUGAAUUUUGAGCAGGCAUGAGUCUACUUUUUUCUCGUCUAGUAGAAUGGGAGGACAUUGCAAAGUCAAGCAGUGUAAGAGACUCUCAUAAUUAUGCCACUCGUCUCCUGGAACUAUGAGACUGUAGACACGUAUUACAGGCAGUGCAGCAGUACUUGUUAUGUUGGAAAUGUACCAGUUCCUCUUCUCUGCAUUAAUGUGAUGGACGGUCCAGUGCCAACGCGGAAAAUUGGAGUUGAAAAUAUUAUUGAUGUCUUAGAAAACAAGAGGAAUACAAUGGAGGCCAGCUCGAGAGGGCCCCUAUCUCUCCCAGAUCUCAAUUUUCCCCAAAAUCCAACCAUGCCUCUCCCUCUUCUAAUCCUACUAUUUAUUCUUUCCCAAAGAGGCUUCUCCUCAAUCUAACUAAUUAUAUGGCCCGGCCCACUUCCUUAUUACAGCUUAUUAAAAUAUUCAGUAUUAUUUAUAUUAGUUCUCUUGCCAUAAGCUCAGGUUUGUAUCAAGAUCAUGCAGUUUCUUCUAAACCAGAUUGAACCCACUAUUAUUACGGUUGCUGCACUGGAACCAACUAUGCUCCGUUAUCACCACCUCUCCAAGACUCCAAUGGGGAAAAAUAAUUAUUUUCUAUCUCCUCGUCUGGAUGCAUUUGUCUCAAGUGACGGUGAUUCUGUAGAGUAUGAUAGUGAUCGCUUCCAUCUAGAGAUCGAGGAGAGCGACUCAUCUUACAAUGAGGUGUGUUUCUAUCCUUUUUCCAAGAAAAGCGCUUCUGUCCGUGUGUGGAUUCCUAGAAGCCUUUUAUGCAGGGUGGGAGUUGCAAUAUCGAUUUUAGUAUUUUUAGACACAUCACUAAAUCAACUAUGUCAACUAUUUAUCAUCCUCUCAUGACACUAUCAGCAGAAGUGGGAAAAUGCAACAUGAUGAGUUUUGUUUUUCCAUCUCAUAAUUUUUGCAUUGGAUAUGUUUUUAACUAGUUUUAGACGACUAUUUGACUGUUUAAAUUUCAUUAUGCAUCCUACCACAAGUAGGUUGAGUUAAUGGGCUGGUCUUGGUGAUGAUCACUAAAUCUGGAAAGCUUAGGGCUCUUGACUUUUGUUUCACAGUUUUUAUAGCUUUUGGUUUGUCAUUUUUUCUGUUUCUGUUUUGAGUUUUUUCUUCCAGUUUUGUAGUUUCCCAGUUCUUUUUGAU